CCAAAUCUAAAACUUCCAUUCAACUCUAUUAUUUCUCGCUAUAUUUGAAAAUGCAUUGCCAGACGACAGGUUCAUGGGGAUCUUACAUGCCAACCCCCAGGACUAGUGUUGGAGAUCCAUUGGAGAGGAUAGAGAGGUUAGCUUCGGAGAAUGCGGUGGUUAUCUUUAGCAUUAGCAGUUGCUGCAUGUGCCAUGCCAUUAAGAGGCUUUUCUGUGGCAUGGGGGUUAACCCUACUGUGUAUGAACUUGAUGAAGAUCCAAGGGGGAAAGACAUGGAGAAGGCUUUGAUAAGGCUACUUGGUACCUCUCCUCCUGUUCCUGUUGUUUUCAUUGGUGGGAAGCUUGUGGGUGCAAUGGAUAGAGUCAUGGCUUCUCAUAUCAAUGGCACUCUUGUUCCUCUUCUCAAACAAGCUGGAGCUCUCUGGCUCUGAUUAUCUUUACCUUCCAUCAUUACAGUUUUAAAAAAAUGACUGGUAUAGCAAACUAUGACAGAGGAAGAGGAGUAGUGGUUGUGGAGUCUCCUCCAUUUUGGAUACAGCAGCAACGAGUCAAUGACUGAUAUGUCUUAGUUCCUAGGUUUCAUUUUCCUUUUGUCUUUAUGUUCUUGUUGAUGUUCUACAAGUGGGUCUUUAUUGGUCUGCUUUGUGUUUUUCACUAAUCUUGUUCUCUAGAGUGGAACAUAAUGGCUCCCUCCUCUGUACGAAUCAAAAGAAACUAUAUAUAUAGUGGUUUCCAGAGUUUUCUCA